UGUGACUCAAAAACAUUUUAAAUUUUUAUGUCGUUUAUGUUAUGGUUUUAACUGUCAAUGUUAAAAUGUCAAGUGUGGUAAAUUAAGUAACUACAUAUAUCUACUUACUUUGCAAAAAGCGAAAUCCCCUAGAAAAAGCCAAAAAAAUAUAUUUUAUUUUACCUACGUUUGAAAAAAAUCGCUGUGAUUAAUCCUGUUUGACUACGUUUUAUUAGUGAAUUUAAUAAUUGCUUUGCACCAAACCAACAGAUCGAAUACCUAAUAAAUUUUUUUGUAAGUCAUACAAUGAUUUUGUUCUUUCAUGCAAGCUACUACAAUCUUGAUCUAAGACUACAGUAAGCGUAUGUGUAUAGUAAGUUUAUCAAGAAAAUAUUUCAAUUUAUCCAAAAAUUACGAUACUUCAAUGAAUACUAUGAGUGCACAACAGAGCCCGGCGAAUAUGCAGGCCGCCGUGGACAGGGAGAAGAUUUACACGUGGAUCGUGGAGCUGUGCAAUCCAGAGACUCGAGAGAACGCGCUUUUGGAGUUGAGCAAGAAGCGUGAAGUGGUACCCGAUUUAGCGCCCAUGCUCUGGCAUAGUUUUGGUACUAUUGCUGCUCUUUUGCAAGAAAUUACCAACAUCUAUGUAGCUAUGAUACCGCCGACCCUGACGGCACACCAAAGCAACCGAGUAUGUAAUGCGCUGGCAUUAAUGCAAUGUGUGGCGUCUCAUCCUGAAACAAGAUCUGCAUUCCUCCAAGCACAUGUCCCUUUGUUCCUGUAUCCCUUUCUCCAUACUGUAUCCAAAACACGCCCAUUUGAAUAUUUGAGAUUAACAAGCCUUGGAGUCAUUGGUGCUCUAGUUAAAACAGAUGAGCAAGAGGUAAUAACAUUUUUGUUGACUACAGAAAUUAUUCCACUAUGCCUACGCAUCAUGGAGAACGGAUCUGAGUUGUCCAAAACUGUAGCUACAUUCAUUCUGCAGAAGAUAUUGUUGGACGACAGCGGUCUGUGUUAUAUUUGUCAGACUUAUGACAGGUUUUCGCAUGUUGCUAUGAUUCUUGGUAAAAUGGUGUUAUCUCUUGCUAAAGAUCCAUCUGCUCGUCUCUUAAAACACGUAGUAAGGUGCUAUCUUCGGCUGUCUGACAAUCCAAGAGCUCGAGAGGCACUGCGGCAAUGUCUCCCGGACCAAUUGAGAGAUGCCACCUUCACAGCGUGUCUCCAAGAGGACAACUCGACUAAGCACUGGCUUGCCCAGCUUAUAAAGAAUUUAGAAGCUCAACCACCACCAGCCAGCCCUGCUCAGCCAAAUAUGUGAGGUUUAAUUCUGUGGAGGCCCACUGCAGACAAUUUACAAGAAGUAGUGCAAAAUUUUUCACUUUGACGAAACUUUACUUAUAGAAAUUGUUUUUGUAACUACUUUUGUGUAUGAUAUUAGGAUAAUGGAACUACAUACAAUUUGACAUAUUAUUGCAGCUGUUUAUAAGUUAAAAGGUUAAGAAAUUAAAUAAUGAAUUUGUAUACUAACAAUAAUCCUUAUAAAAAUUUAUAUAGAAAAAAUAUUUUAUAUAAAUAGGCUUAAUCUGUACAUGCUGAUACCAUGAACUUAUUCAAGCUAAUACAUAUUUUACAAUAAACUUGUGGUAUAUAAUCAUAUAAAAAUAUACAGCUUAAAAAAUCAAAUAAACAGAUUGUAAUCAACUCUUAUUUUAUAACAUUGUUAUUCUACACAAACAGUAAAUAAUUACCAAAAUAUUGUUGUAAAAAUGUAUGUAUGUACUUGCUACUAGCGACCCGCCCCGGCUUCGCACGGGUGCAAAAUUAUAAAUGUUAUACAUAAAAACCUUCCUCUUGAAUCAUUCUACCUGUUACACCCCAUCAAAAUCCGUUGCGUAAUUUUAAAGAUUUAAGCAUACAGACAAACAGACUAAAAUAGUGACUUUGUUUUAUACUAUGUAGUGAUUAUGAGAAAGGAUUUUGUGAAAUUUUGUAAGGAUUAUUGUAGUUUUCAAAGUAAUAUAUUAUAGUUUGAGUGUUAUAUUCAAAUGAAAAUGAUUGUUGAGUUCAUCAUUAAAAAAUGCAUCAAGUUAUGCCAUGUGUAACUGAAGUAGAUAUUUAUGUUCUAGUGGAUAUGAGGGUAAUGUCAAGAACUUCUACUUGUUCCGCUGGUCUUCACUGCAUUUUAUUUAUAAAAUUUAGUGAAAAUUUUCUGGAUUCAUGGUCAAAGGCAUACCCCAGACUCUUCAGAGUGGUGAGGAUAAAACGGGACUAAAGCCAGGAGGAAAAGAGUGACACUUCUGUGGAAGGCAACAUUAUACUAGAGAAAAAGCACCAGCUAUUCCAUUAAAAAAAUCUGGGGCAAGGAUCAACCUGUUCCAGAGUAGGGAUGGACCUCACCUGUUAUUAUACCCAGUUAUAAGCC